AUGCUCUUCCUCAUUCACUCACCUGCGUCCUUCUGCCAUCUACGUCUCUCUCUCUGUCAGAUCCAGCUGGACGACCUGGUGGGAGAUGAGGACUUCACGGCAGCCGCCAAGCUGCAGGCAGCCAUCCGCGCGCUGGAGGACCAAGACGCCAUGGCUGCUGUUUUCACGGAGCUCAAGGCGGCGGUGGAGGAGGAGAGGUACAGCGAUGCCAAACACCUGCGCGAUGAUGCUGGCGCUGGCCUGGUGGGGUGGUGGGCAGGGCUGGACGAGAGUGGGGCAGCGGACCCCUUUGGGCGACUCGUGCACGUGUCACAGCAGCAUGGCAAGCUGCUCGCCAAGUCCUACACUGCCAAGCAGCUGUCCGUGGCAGGGCAGGGCAUUCCCAUCUUCGAGGUCUAUGUGGCUCGCAACGCCGCCAACCCCAAGCGAUACGACCGCCAGGUGGUGUACCUGCACCAUGAGACAGCCACCCUGCAGGCCAAGGGCGCUUCCACCGCCACCACAAGCCCUGCGCCAAGCACCUCCCCCUCAACCAGCAGCAGUGGCACCGAUGCUGCUCCCCCAACUUCAUCCCCAUCAUCAUUGGCAGCAUCCACGUCUGCCCCAUCAUCCACGCCAUCAUCCAGCGUGCAACGGGUUCAGGAUGCCGUCUCGUUCAGCUGGGGGAAGAAGCAAGCAGCAGAUGAUGGUAAGGCGGGCGAUGCAGGAGCAAGGGCAGGGGCAGGAGAGAAGGGUGGCAGCAGUGCAUCUCAGUCCCCACCAGAUCCAGCCUCAGGCCAGGCGUCACCUUCACCAGUCCCACCCACCCCUCCUCCCUCUCCCUCCGCUGCCUCCUCCCCUCCCUCCUCCCCUUCCUCUGCCUCCUCUCCCGCCUCGUCUCUCCCACCCGGCGCCGAUGAUAGCUUAUCGCGGGUGCUUGAUUUCUUCCGAGAGCGGUUACCAGACGUGAAGCUGCGGGUCUUCCCGGUGGUGUCCCCUGCUGACGUGGCAGCACCGGACGGGUCGGGCGCGGCGGGGACUGCAGACAUUCCGCGAAUAGUAGAGGACGUGGUGAAGCGAAUAGCAAGGGACCGGGAGUCUGCAGCUGCUGCUGCGGCAGGGGAGGCAGCAGCAUCAGCAGCAGGGGGCGAGGGAGGGAAGGAGGGGGAUUCUGGAAGUGACAGCGGUGCAGGUGAUGGUGUGGGGAAAGCUAAGGGGCCAUUACAAGCAGACAGUACGAAGGAUGAGAGUGGAGGGGUUGUUCCAAGCAGAGGUGACAAAAGUGACAGUGGAGAAGGGGAGAGUGGUGUGCCGGCGCCCAGGAGUGGAACGUCUGGAGCCGGUGGGGGUGAUAGUGAAGUAGGGGAAGUGGGAGAUGCAGCAGUGCAGCCCCCACAGGCGGAGGGUGCAGGAGCAGGGAGCAGGGAUGGUGGUGCGGAUGACCCAAGGCGUGCCAGUCAGCUGCCAGAGCGUGACUUGCGGCGACUGAGGGCGUUUAGAGAGAGAAACGGGAUGAGUGGCGAGGGCACAGGUGGUAGCAGGAGCUCUAGUGGCGGUGAGAGUGAGAGCAGCAACAGCAGCAGUAGAGGAGAAAUAGGCGGGGAGGAGAUCUCAGUUGGGGUGGACAGGGAGGGACUCUCAGGCUCGUAUGGUCCUAGCAGAGGCAGUAGAGAGGGCGGGGGUGGUGGUGGUGGGGAGGGAGAAGGCGGGGCAGAGCGAAGCGAUGGGGAGGACGGAUCGGAGGAUGCGGAGGGGCGGCAGGGCAUUGCGGUGCGCGUGGUGGUGGGCGGGGUGUUCCCGGGGGACGGUGCGGGGGAGAGCGUGAGCAAGGUCCCAGCAAGGAUCGAGUGGCGAGGCAAGGACGCAUUUGUUCUCACAGUGGAAGACAGCGAGGGCGACGGGGAUGCUGCUAGCAGCAGCAGCGGCAGCACGGGAGCAUCUGCCACUGACCCAGCAGCGUCCCAAUCUGGCCCUUCUUCUUCCCCCUCCUCGUCGCAGUCAGCAGCGGUGGCGACGGCGGUGAGUGAGAGGCUGGCGUCAGCAGCAACGAGGGCAGCGGCGAAUCUGAUGCCGGAGGACGUGGCCAAGCAGCUGUGGGGCGUCGACCGCUUCUCAGGACCCGAGGUGUUCAAGGACAAGGACGUGGCGCAGCUGAUCCGCACGGCAGUGCAGCACGUGCAGAGGAGGCGCUACACACUGCCGCGCACCACCGCCUUCACUCGCAUCCAUGCUGCUGAUGCCUCCACCGACCCCUUUGCUGGUUUGUAUGUGGGUGCGUAUGGCCCGUAUACUUCCGAGGCUAUUCAGGUCCGGCGCAGGUUCGGCACCUGGGAGGAGGGGGAAGAGCAGGAGAGCGAGACCGGGGAGGCAGGGAAGGUGUCUGGGAGGAGGAAGGGGCAGGGCGAGCGGGCGUUGGUGCCGCCGUUUGAGUAUGUGGAGGGGGUGAAGCUCACAGGCGACUUCAAUGUGCCCGCUGGGAAGGUCUCCUUUCGAGCGAAGAUCGGCCGGCAUUGGCAGAUGCCGUUCCGAGGGGUGUACCCCGAUGAGCUGGGUGUGGUUGCGAGGUACCCUGGCCAGGGUCAGCUGGCAGAGCCUGGUUUCAAGAACCCUCGCUGGGUGGAUGGGGAGUUGCUUGUUUUCGAUGGAAAGGGUUCUCGCCACACAAAUGGUGCUGAGCUCGGCUUUGUUUUCUCAUUACCUGAGAGGCACUUUCUCAUUCUUUUCAACCGUCUGAAGCUUCAAUCUUGA